UCAUCCAUGCACAAGUACUAAUCUUCACAUCCAGGGUCCACCCUCUAAUGAAUUCUAUAGCCAUGCCAUCUAAGCUCUUCUUCUUCUCUUCUAGCUUCACGCUCUUCUUCUUUGUCUUUUGUCUCUUUUCCUCUGUGCCUUCCGGCGCCGACACCUCUCCUUCCGAUCCCGUGUCCACCACAACCAUCUGCAAGUCCACUCCAUAUCCUUCCUUCUGCAAGUCCGUGCUUCCAAACAACUCUUCCGGCAAUGUCUACGACUACGGCCGGUUUUCCGUCCGGAAAUCCUUGUCGUCGGCCAAGAAACUCUUGUCUCUGAUCGACAAGUAUCUUCGCAAGUCUUCCACCCUGACACCUUCUGCAAUCGCCGCUCUCCAAGAUUGUCGAUUUCUGGCUCAACUCAACAUCGACUUUCUGUUGAGCUCUGGCCAAACUGUGAACUCUACUUCUUCGACUCUUCCUGAUACGAAAGCAGACGAUGUGCAGACAAUGCUUAGCGCCAUUUUAACCAACAUCCAAACUUGCUUCGACGGCAUUCAAGUCACUGCCUCGGCUUGGAGCGUCAAGAACGGCCUUUCCGCUCCGAUUGCAAAUGACACCAAAUUGUUCAGUGUUUCCUUAGCUCUGUUCACCAAAGGCUGGGUUCCGAAGAAGAAGAAGAAGGCAUCGAAAAAACCAGGGAAAACACAGUUUGCCCUGCAAAAUGGAAAGCUACCCUUGAAAAUGUCUGAGCGGCAGAAAGCCAUUUACGAGUCUGUGAGCAACAGGAAGCUGCUUCAAGAGAGUGUCUCUCAACAAGUUCUGGUGAGCGACAUCGCGGUAGUGAGCCAAGACGGAAGCCAGAACUUCACCACCAUCAACGACGCCGUGGCGGCGGCUCCAAACAAUACCAAAGCUGCAAAUGGCUACUUCUUGAUCUACGUCAUCGCCGGCGUCUAUGAAGAGUACGUGUCCAUUCCCAAGAACAAGAAGUACCUGAUGAUGAUAGGCGAUGGAAUCAACCAGACCGUGAUCACAGGCAACCACAGCUACGUCGAUGGCUGGACUACAUUCAAUUCUGCUACUUUUGCUGUUGUUGCACAAGGAUUCGUUGCAGUAAAUAUGACAUUCCGCAACACAGCCGGCGCGAUCAAGCACCAGGCCGUGGCCGUUCGGAGCGGGGCCGAUCUAUCCACAUUCUACCUCUGCAGCUUCGAAGGCUACCAAGACACCUUAUACGUACACUCUCUCCGCCAGUUCUUCCGCGAAUGCGACAUCUACGGCACCGUGGAUUUCAUAUUCGGAAACGCCGCCGUCGUGUUCCAGAACUGCAACAUGUACCCCAGGCUCCCGAUGAGCAACCAGUUCAACGCCAUCACGGCGCAGGGCAGAACGGACCCGAAUCAGAACACCGGCAUUUCGAUCGAGAAUUGCACCAUCCGAGCAGCGGACGAUCUGGCUUCCGGCAACGUUACGAUCCAAACUUAUCUGGGAAGGCCAUGGAAGGAGUAUUCGAGGACUGUGUACGUGCAGUCUUUCAUGGACAGCUUGAUUGAUCCGGCGGGCUGGAGCGAAUGGAGUGGAGAUUUCGCGCUGAGUACGUUGUAUUACGUCGAGUUUAACAAUACCGGGCCCGGAUCGGACACUUCCAAGAGGGUGACUUGGGCGGGCUACCACGUUAUCAACGCCACCGAUGCUGCUAAUUUCACGGUGUCGAAUUUUCUGCUGGGAGAUGAUUGGUUGCCGCCGACCGGAGUUCGUUAUUACAGCGGCUUGUUGUGAUUGGUUCCAUGUUGUUCGUUCUUGUAAUUGCUUGACUGCCCCCAAAUAACCCAAGCCGGAGCAAAUGCGUUAGCUGCUUGGUAAUCAUUCACUGUUGUAUUCGUUCAUUUGGGCCAGGAAGAUAAUAAGAUAUAGUUUCAAUUGUGACCAAAAGUCACGUGCCUCUUAAUUACUGACCUUUUUUCUGAUUUUUUUAAUUUCAAAUAUAUUAUUAUGUA